GUUUUGCACCCGACCUCCGCUGCUCUUGAAAUGGCCUCUAAACGAGCCCUGGUGAUUCUCGCCAAAGGAGCAGAGGAGAUGGAAACGGUUAUCCCCACGGAUAUCAUGAGACGAGCAGGCAUCAAGGUGACAGUAGCUGGCCUGGCCGGAAAAGAGCCCGUACAGUGUAGCCGCGACGUUGUCAUUUGUCCUGAUAAGAGUUUAGAAGAUGCCAGGAAAGAGGGGCCUUAUGAUGUGGUGGUCUUGCCAGGAGGGAACUUGGGAGCCCAAAACCUGUCAGAGUCUCCUGUUGUGAAGGAUGUCUUGAAGGACCAGGAUGGCAGGAAAGGGCUGAUCGCGGCCAUCUGUGCAGGUCCCACUGCUCUGUUGGCACACGGAAUAGGAUUUGGAAGCAGUGUGACAACACACCCUCUGGCCAAAGAGAAAAUGAUGAAUGGGGGUCACUACAAAUAUUCCGAGAAUCGUGUGGAAAAGGACGGCCACAUUCUCACCAGCCGGGGGCCAGGCACCAGUUUCGAGUUUGGCCUCGCUAUUGUGGAAAACCUACUGGGGAAGGAGGUGGCCGAGCAGGUGAAAGCUCCCCUGGUCCUGAAAGAUUAGAAAGAGCAGCUCUCUGCUGGCUUGUUUUUGUG